AUUAAAUUUAUUUUUGUUGUCAUACGAUUGUAUAGAUUAAGUGAUGAUAAGUAUAUUAAAAGUUUAAGCCAUGUAAAAUAUUUUAUACAUGACUUAAUAUAAUUAAGUACCAGUCUAAUUAUGUGCGUGAUCUACGUUCCAGUACAAUCUGAUUUUUUAAUGAGUUAAAUAAAUAUACGAACAUAUAUUCGGCAUAUUUUUAAAAAAAUGCCGAAUCGAACCGAAAUUGGAGUUAUUCCUGACAAUUUGAGACAUGAGGAAACUAUAGUUCAAAUAGCAGAAGCUCUUGAUAAUCUAGACUCUGCUGUUAAUUAUAUAUUUGAAUCUAUUGACAAGAGGCUUUCUCAAAAUGGUCAAAGAUUGUCAAAUGUCAGAAACAGAGCCACAAAACUACAAGACCGAUUAAAAUAUUUGCAAACCAACUUAAAUUUAAAAGCUGUAAAGAUGUAUUCUGCUGCAAGAUAUCCUGCUAGCCAUACGUACAAGGAAUAUGAAUUGGCUAUACCACCUCAGUGUGAUAAUAGCAACAAGAUACCAAAAGUUUACAAAUGUUCAGUACCUAUAAAAGACAUUCCUGAAACAUAUUUGUCUUCUAAUUGUAAAACAGAAGAUGGCCAAUACGUGUCAAAUAACAAUCUACAGGAAAAGCUGCAAUUUUAUCAUGUUCGAUCUAAAGUUAAUAAAGAAGUUUAUACAGAUAGCAGUGAAGUGGCAUUUCCUUUUCAUUUGUCUUCAAUCAAUGCACUGUUGUUUAGUAGCAUGGAUAAUCCACACAAGGUAUCUAUUAAACAAACUUCUCACAAAUUAAAUGAUAAACAGCAAAUAGAGGAUGCACCAGAUUCAAUUAUACAACCGUGGUUAGCGUCGGAAAUAGAUGCAUCCAGUAGUUAUUUAUAUACACCAACUUUAGGAGAGGUGCCGCAAAUAAACGUACCGCUAACCCUUCCGGAUUUACCUGGAAUCGUGGACGAUGAAAAAUUUGUUCUGGACCUGAACUCUCAAAGUCCUAUCGCGCCGUCUUCAGCGGUCACUACGCCUACCGUACGGCUCGAUCUGCCAACUCCAACGUCAACAACGGAUGAGAAGGACUCGAGUAUAAAACACGACGAAACUAUUCCGAAUUUACCUGGUUUCGCCGACACCGAUUUCUCAAAGGAUUCUACGCAACCUACUCCACCACCUCCACCGCCGCCUUCGAUCAUGCCGGACAUUUCGAUUUCGACUUCUUCGGACUUCAAGACCGACAGUCGUUCCUCGUUAGCCUCAUCGUCGUUAACUCCUUCGAUAUCACCGCCGCCACCACCGCCACCGCCUCCUCCACCGCCGCCGCCACCUCCACCUGAAUCCGAGACUAAUGUUCUUGAGCCUCAGACUGCGGAUCCGGACAAAAAGAAAACUGUCAAAGAUUUGAAUAAAACGGAUAAGCUAGACAAUAGAUCGAAUUUAAUGGAAGCGAUUCGUAACGCUGGUGGCAUAGGAAAGGCGAAACUAAGACAUACCGUGCCACCAGAGGAAAAAGGGAAUCGUUGGUCUUCUGCAUCCGUUGGAGGUGACUUAAUGGCUGAUUUACACGCAAAGCUGGCACUCAGGAGAAAAGGAAUCGCUGGGUCUGGAGGUAGUGCUCUCGAAAGAAUGUCAAGCUUGAUUCCUCCUCCUCCUAAACCAAACGAUACAGCCGCGUCAGAUAGAAAUUCGGCUACCAGCGAGUACGAUUCCCAACCAGAUACCGACGACUGGGACGAGUAAUGGAUGAACGAUAUUUUUUUUUUUCUUUUGUUAUCAUAUAACAAAUUGUUAGAUACAUACUAAGUUUCCUAUGAUAAAAUAUAAUUUGUCGUGGAAAUGAUCCGAUUAAAAGAAAUGUUACUAUCUAUAUCUACUUGUGAUCUAACUGUGAUCUAAAAUUAUAUACAAAGUCUUAAAUCCGUUAUACUUAAGGACUAUAAUUUUCAUCAAAUAAUUUCAAUCUAAACAAUUUACAUGUUUGUGUUUUACUCAAGAUUGUUUGAUCUCUAUUGAAUCCUUUCCUCCUAUCUUCGUAUCUUUCAAUUUUCUAUAUAUAUUCUGGAAGAAAGUGUUGAAUUAGACGUAAUUGAAAGUAAAUCCAAAGAAAAAGCACUCGCCUGUUCUCCGCAAUUGAAUUACAAAUAAAUUCCAAUAGAAUUUUACCAUUUUUCAAAAAAUGGUAUCCUUGUUAUUGUCAUCGGUAUAUUCGAAAGGAAUAUAACGGCGGCAUAUUCAUGUUGUUAUCAGUUUUGAUUUAACACUUGACCCCAGAUUACUGGACUAACUGUCUAUAUAGGUUUAUAAAUGUUAGUUGUACCGCAGAAUUUGCAGUAAUUGCUUGAUCGUUCUUGUUUUUUGAUGCUCGAGUUACUAUCACUUAUUAAAUUACCAAUCAUAAAAUCAUUAAUCAGGUUACAGUGUAACUUUAACCAAGUCAAUUUUCGGCUUAUUUUUACCUUUUUUUGAAUGGAUGAAUUUCUUUAUGCACUACAGAAUAUAAACUAUGGAUGAAAAUUUCUCGAAACGUGUCGUGUCCUAUUUACAUUCUCUAUACAAUUUUAAACAACGUGUUUUGAAAGUUUACGGCGUGAAAUGUUAAAAAUGAGAAAUAUUCGUGAAAGAGGCACAGGAAGAAAUUUACGAAACAGUGGACGAAUGUUUGAUCGACAGAAUCUUCGAGAUUAAUUAAAAAUUAAAUUUUAGAUUAAAGUGAAUGAUUCAUUAAUAAAUCAACAUCCCGAAAAUUUGAAUUACAGUGGAACAUUAUGUGUUUAAAAAGAAGACAGCCAUUUCUAUUUUUACUAAAAUAUCAAGUAGGAAUUAACUCUCAAAGGAUUGAGGAAUAAUUAGUUAAAUUAAAAGUCGAA